CUUCCACGGGUCAAAGACCAGGCGGAUUAUUCGGGAUUAAAUGCGGAGAUUCGCGCCAGGACACAUGGAGAAGUGAUUGCAUUCAUCAUUAAGAGCCCUCAGAUGGACAAAACACCAGUGUCGUCUUCACGCAGAGCGGAAAAAUCCAGCAGUGAUUCUUGGUGGAUCAGCUGCGCAUCUGCGUGUUUCCAUUACGCACAGGGCGCUCACAUGCCUCUCCAGCCGCUCUCAGCCAGCGAGGGUCAGUGGAGCCGUGUCGACCCCAGACCUCCUCACACCUCAGCACCUGAGGAGACCCGCUCGAAUCACGGGGUGAAUUGACUGAAAUGGCUCGGAAGGCGACACCUCGCUGCCCCGCUGAAGGAAGCGCCAGCUCACCUUCAUCCAACCGAAUGUUCUAUUGCUAGAUUUGUUUUUCUCACUCUCACAUCUGACACCGGAUUGUCGGAACCAUGGCCGCGGGGUCGUGAGAUGACAUGGAUUUGGAAGGGAACAGCUCCUGCUUCUCCCGGAACGAGAGCGGCCGUGGACUUGGCUCGUCCUCCCGAGCGUCCACUGCGCUGGCCAGCGUGCUGAUAUUCACCAUCGUGGUGGACAUUCUGGGAAACCUCCUGGUCAUCCUGUCCGUCUACAGGAACAAGAAGCUGCGCAACGCAGGAAACAUCUUCGUGGUGAGCCUGUCAGUGGCAGACCUGGUGGUGGCGCUUUACCCGUAUCCCUUGGUGCUAACAGCCAUCUUCCACAAUGACUGGACGAUGGGCGACCUGCACUGCCAGGCCAGUGGUUUCAUAAUGGGCCUCAGUGUUAUUGGGUCCAUCUUCAACAUCACAGCCAUUGCCAUCAACCGCUACUGCUACAUCUGCCACAGCCUGCAUUACGACCGCCUGUACAGCCUGAGGAAGACCUGCUGCUACCUGGGCCUCACCUGGCUGCUCACUGCCCUCGCCACCGUGCCCAACUUCUUUGUGGGCUCCCUGCAGUACGACCCUCGCAUCUACUCCUGCACCUUCGCCCAGACGGUCAGCUCGUACUACACCAUCUCCGUGGUGGUCAUCCACUUCCUCAUCCCUCUCCUGGUGGUGUCCUACUGCUACUUGAGGAUAUGGGUUCUGGUGAUUCAGGUCAAACACAGAGUCAAACCUGAGCAAGGGGCCAAACUCAAACCCAGCGAUGUAAGGAAUUUUCUGACUAUGUUCAUGGUGUUUGUGCUGUUCGCCGUGUGCUGGGCGCCGCUGAACCUCAUAGGCCUGGCCGUCGCCAUAAACCCGGCCAAAGUGGCGCCCUACAUCCCGGAGUGGCUGUUUGUCACCAGCUACUUCAUGGCCUACUUCAACAGCUGCCUGAACGCCAUCAUCUACGGAUUACUCAACCAAAACUUCCGCAAGGAGUACAAGACCAUCCUCUUGGCUCUGUGCGUGCCACGGCUGCUCCUCAUGGAGACCUCAAGAUGUGCCACGGAAGGUCUGAAGAGCAAGCCUUCUGCAGCGGUCACAAACAACAAUGUAGCAGAGCUAAACGUAUGAGCUGCGCUAGCAACUCACUUGGUGCCUUCAUAUCUUGUCAAAGUGUUGUGGGGGGUGGAAGGUUCGCCCGGUGUCGAGCAGCUCACCUGCGAGUUAGUGGGCUGAGCUGUCUGUACUGUAGUGUGUAGAACAACAACAUAGUCCGUAGGAGCCACGUGUAUGUCCAACAUGAUGAUAUAGUCCUUCACAACCCUUGAGAUAUGAAUGUUCUUCUUGAUUCUAAAUACUUCAGCGGCGUCUGGGAAACCAAAGGCAGGGUGUUUUCUUUGAAAGCAACCAGUAUUUAAACUCCAGAUCGACACUAAAGCCCUUGGAUAUUGAGGAUUUCAAGCUACCGCUUGGCUUGCAGCGAUGGGAAAACACAUAUUAUCGCCUUGAUAGGCCAUUAUGAAAAUUGAAUGGUGAAUUUUAUAUUAAGUGUGGGCAAGUAAAUGAGCUCUUUGUUUUAUGGACUAUUUAACGCUCCGGUUCUGAGCAGCGGUGCUCUCACUCUGGGAAGAUUGCUGAGGUUGUUGCUCCACUUUCAACGUGUUAAAGAAGAAAAAAUAAACAAAACAAGAGCAGGCCUUGUGCAAUUGGAAAAAAAGUGAGUGCCUUCUUUGAGUCACAGAUUUGAAUCUGCGGUAGUUCCGUGCCAUGCCGAUUUGUAAAUGUAAUAAGUGCUGUUGUUCUGUGAAAAGCUUUUUCAUUUAAUGAGUCGUGUUUUCAUGGACCAUUGUGCAAAGCGACAACAUGAAUACAAGUUAUUAAGAGGAGAACAACUGAAUUGGUGGCUGCUGAAGUGCAAAUAGAUAAGAAAGAAACAAACUAAACUCAGUUGUGCAAGGAAAUUCAACAAAUAGCAAAAUAAGCCUGAAUAAAUGGUAAAUGGAAGAAUAACAGAGCCACUGGAUUGAUGGAUGCAUUGUGCCACAAGACAAAUGACUGAACCUGUCGGUCAGUUCCACGAAAUAAAUCAGAGGUGUCGGGUCUUAAAAGAGCUGAUAAGAAACACUACUUUUCUCAGGAUGUAUCAUCAGAAGGAGACGCUGAAGAGGGCUGCAGACGCGGUGAAAGUAGAGAGGAAACAGUGGGGCAUCUUAUCUAAAUAAGGAGGCAGUUCAGCACUGCUGCGACUGCACUGUGAAGAUGAAUGUUCAGUGAGGUGGAAGAUCAUGGCAGGCAAGCUCUGAUGAGUGAAACGAGACCUGAGUUCAUGGGUGGACAACACACGACUCAGAAGAGUGAAGAGCUUCUCACACAACCCAACUUGUCGACACAAAGCCUCUAGCAAACACUUGAGCAUGAGGAUUGGGACCAUAGGGGCCGCACAAAGAAAGGCUUUCCUGAGACUGAAAAACUGCUUUGACUGCCACACCUGACUUCACCUGUGAAUUAUACGACCAUCACUCUGUUCAGCGCCUCAAUUCUUCUGACUCUGCUCACCUAGUCAUGCAUACUUAAAGGAGGCCUAAAUAUCUAAUAAAUCUCAGCCUCAACAGAGCUGAUGAUACCUAAAGCCUCUCCCUCUUCUGGUGGAGAGCCACAGAUGGGAUUCCGUGAUGGUGAAAGUGCGCCUGAGCACAUGUCACCCGAGCGGGGAUGAGCUCUGACAGCGUGCUAGCUUAUACUCCAGCCACCAAAUAAGCUAUGAGUGCGUUGCUCUCAGCAGCACCCAGAGAUGGAGACAUUUCUCAUGCACUGCCAUGCACAGGUGGCGCUGUUUCAACACAUGCCUCUACAUGUUCUUCUGUCAAAUGCAGAGAUUUGAAUGUGGCACCUGGAUAAGACCAGGCCCAGGCCCAGAGGAAUGUCCGAUUUCAGCGGUGACAUAUAGCCAGGUCACUUCACAAGGGUCAGGCGGUGUCCAGUCCAGCAGGUUUCCUGCUGCGGGUAGAGAUGACCACUCCAAAGAGUCACAGCAUACUUCUCUGUUUCCUCUCACCUUCCUCACUUCACUUGCUCCUCCUGGUGUCACAGUAUAGAAUGUCGCUGUGCUGCAGAUCAAACUGAAGCUGAGCGGAAACUGCUUUGUAAUGAUAAAAGUUUGGAGACAGGAAGACGGUCAAAGUCGUUCUUUCAACAUGGAGGAGUCUAAAGUUUUCCCUAAGGAGAUGAUAAGGACAGGGAGUCCGACAGGGCGAUGUGUGUCUCGCCGAGAUUUAGGUCCACUACUUCAAGUGUGCAUGAACUGUGUAAUAAAACUUUAAUACCUGGUGAUUCCACUGCUCUCUGUCG